UUGGUGUACGAUCCACAGCUUUAACUGCCGGGCACAACUGACAGCUCAUAGUUGCUCUUCUGGAAUAAUGUCUGGUGCCGCCGGUUUGUCAUGCGGUCGAGAUAAGAGUUUCCACACUAUGGCAGCAUUAUGAUUGUUCUUCGUAGAAAGCAGCGGACACCUGGUAUACUACCUGACUACAGUUUUCACAGAGCCAAAGGAAGAUCAAAAUGAGCUCUCAGGACAUACUGCAGAGUGUGUCCACUCUAGCGUCCUAUAAUGUGUUGCUACAGGUAAUGUUCCGUGUGCUCACCUUUCUCCUGAAUGCCUUUACGCUGCGGUUUGUGUCCAAAGAGCUGAUUGGGGUGGUCAAUGUCAGGCUUACACUGCUGUAUUCCACAUUAGUGUUUUUGUCCAGAGAGGCUUUCCGGAGGGCCUGUCUGAGCGGGCAAUCGGGCAAAAAACACAGCUGGAGACCAGUUAUCAAUCUCCUAUGGAUGACGGUACCCCUUGGUGUGUUAUGGGCAGUACUGCUGUCAUAUGUGUGGCUUUGGCUCCUAGAGGUCCCAGAUGCUCACACUGUCCCUUACUACAGUCCUGCUGUGGUGCUGUUUGCCUUAUCUGGGGUGCAGGAGCUCCUGGCGGAACCCUUGUGGGUCUUGGCUCAAGCUCACAUGUUUGUCCGAUUGAAAGUGGUGGCUGAAAGCUUGGCAAUGAUCGCAAAGUGCAGCAUAACUGUGGUGCUGGUGGUGUUUUCCCGUGAAUGGGGCCUUUACAUCUUUUCUGCUGCUCAUUUGGUGUACACAGGGAUCCUGGUGCUAUGCUAUGCUGUUUACUUCAUUCGUUUCCUGGGUUCCAAAGAGGCAGCAAGGAAUAGUUUCCCACUGCGCCGUGUUAGAGAUUUGCUGCCCCGCAGACAGUAUGGAGAGCCGUUAGUCGACAGGAAUCUAGCGCGGCUCACUUGGAGCUUCUUCAAGCAAUCCUUCCUGAAGCAGAUCCUGACCGAGGGUGAGCGAUACGUCAUGACCUUUUUGAACGUCCUCAGCUUUGGAGAUCAGGGUGUUUAUGAUAUCGUCAAUAAUCUGGGCUCCAUGGUGGCGCGAUUCAUCUUCUUGCCAAUUGAAGAAAGCUUCUACAUAUUCUUUGCCAAAGUGCUGGAGAGAGGGCGCGAUGUCAAAAGUCAGAAACAGGAAGAAGUUGCCAUUGUCGCAGAGGUCCUGGAGUGCCUGCUGAAACUGGUGCUGGUGAUUGGUCUGAUUAUCACAGUGUUUGGCUAUGCAUACUCUCACCUGGCUCUGGAUAUUUAUGGCGGCUCUCUCCUUAGUAGUGGGUCAGGGCCCAGUUUGCUGCAAUGCUACAGCUGCUAUGUCCUCCUGCUUGCUGUGAAUGGUGUAACAGAGUGUUUUGUUUUUGCUGUCAUGAGCCAAGAAGAGGUUGACAAGUACAACUUCAUCAUGCUAGCCCUGUCUGUCUCCUUCCUCUUCCUGUCAUACGUACUGACAGGGUGGGCUGGCAGUGUUGGCUUCAUACUGGCAAACUGCCUCAAUAUGGGCCUCCGUAUCUUACACAGCCUGCUUUACAUACACCGGUACUUCCAGUUGAGUCGGUGGAAACCCCUGCAAGGCCUGUUGCCCUCCCCUCCCAUACUGCUGGCGUUGGCCGUCAGUGCAGUUGUCACAACAGUUUCUGAGGCUUUUUUCUGCUGCGACAGCGGCUUGCUUCUGAGACUCGUCCAUAUUAGCGUGGGGGCAAUAUGUCUGCUUGGUGUGGUCGUAGCUGUUCUUCUCACAGAGACUAAGCUUGUUCAGUUUGUGAGCACUCAGCUGCUGCCUCGAUUCAGAAAGAAGCGCACUUAAAUUACACGUAAAACUGUUACGCCUGACUCAAAGAAAUCAUGUGUUUCCACUACAAACUGAGCGACAGUUACUGAGUAUGGGAAAGCCGGGGAACAACUUUUUCUUUCUAAGGACCUCACAUGUGUCAUGAGCGUGUGUGAAUCUGUGAGUUUUAUAUAAAAAAUGUUAUGAAUGUUUCAGGAUUUAGUUGUGGGUUUAAAAAAGUGGAUGUAUUUUAAUAAAACUCUUUAUUGUUUUACACAAUGACCAUGACCACUGUAUUUAUAUCUGUGGUGUUUUUCCAGGAAUUAAAUGGAAAAAAGUUUGGUUUUAAAUACUGCGUUUAUGUGUCGCUCACCUACCUCUGUAGCUGUUUUGGUGAAACAGUUGUGCACAAACUAAGGCAGGCGCUCUCAGUGUUGACUGAUUGGAGUAGAGUUGUAUUUAAGAAGCAGUACAACAUGUUUACUAAAAUGAAAUGAAAUGCUUGACUUCUGCUACCUUACUUGGACCAAAUAUUUUGUUGAUAUUGUGAAAAGUAGUUACAUUCUUGAGCCUUGAUUUGCACUAGUAUUUUUUUUCCCUUUUUUUAGAAAGAAAAGUUUGAGUUCAGUGCUUAAGUCAACUCAGCUACUUCAUAAUUGUUUCCCUGUCUGAUAAGACAGCCAUUUAGUUGCUUUUCUUGCCCCUAAACUAAUUUCCACUGAAUUUGGGGUCUCCGUGGGGUUGAAUAAUGAUGUAAUUAUGGAAAAUGAACCUAUCCCAUCACCCCAGCGAUUUUCACAAAGAUUGAUGGAUGGGUGUGUGGGUGGGGUGACAUUCUUUCACAGCAGGAAAAAUAAAGUCUCCUCUUAAGAAAAUCAAGUACUUAUCUCUUGAUUCACAUCUUAUAAACUUCGAGUUUAAUUUGCGUGGCUUGUUUAUUGUCAGCGCUGUUAGAAAGCAGCUGCCCAACCAUGCUUGCAAGAUUCCUACACCUCAGAUUUAUUCGACAAAAAGUAAUGCCACAAGUUGUAGAAGUGUUUCAUUUUCUAAGGAAGAAGCAGACCCUGAGAAAAAUAGGAGGGAGAGAUCAAGAGGAGGAGUCAGUUCCCUCAUUACGUCAUUUAUUAUGUGUUAGGAACAGAUUUAUUGCCCACUGGAGACUGACUCACUGUUAGGUUGUGUAUAUAUAUAUGAGAGUAUGUGUUGGGUUGGGCCUGUUGGAGAAAGAGCCCGCUGAAAGGAAGAAGAAUUUAUUCCAGGCCAUCUUCAGCUACUCAACAAUCAUGUCUCAACCUAAUCAGGAAGAUGAGCAAAUGCAGCGUCCUGAAGUGAGAGAAGAAGACCUGACUGAAGCAAAGAACAAGCUGGGUGCUGCCGGGCCUCCCAAGAGCAAGACAAUGGAAGUAAUGGAGGAGUGCG